AUGCCUCCAGAGAUAGCAGACUCUGACGCCGAGUCUGAUUUCGGUUCACCCAUCAAACAAGCGCAUAUGUCAGGAUAUACAACUGAGACCGUCCACCCACCACUCGCCUCACCAUCUGAAGUUGAUUUCGAUCAGUUUCUCGACCCGACCCAAAGACUGUCGUCUUCUGCUUCAUACCAAGUUAACAAUAUUAGCCAGGUCGACGGGUCCGGCGACAACAGCACUCGAGCUGGGGCAGAUGGAGCGAGUGCGGAUACUCAUUUCACAUCACUUUCACUUCAUAUGUCGCCUGCUGUAAAGGCCAAAAAAAGAGCCCACAGUGCUCUACAGGAAGUUGUCAACGAUGCGUCACAUGACGGCUCCGACAAGAAAGCAAAGUCUAAAAGGUCGAAAACAUAUGGUGCAGCGUCCAGGUCGCGAUCUACCUUGGGCGACGACCUAUUCGCACCCUCUCUAGCAUCACUAUCAGAACUCAAUAAUUUAAGACCAGAGGACCCUGACACAACUACAGCAGGCCGAGAAGUAUCCGGCUCACCCUCGGCAUCGAUUGAGCCAAGCAUGCUGGCAGCGUCGAGUUCAGGUAGACCUACUGGAGUGAACUCAGCCCUUGGAGGACCCGUACCCGAAGCAGCACCACUCAUGACAACUUCAAUGGCUUCCAUAGGCCAAUAUCAAUCCAUCAACUUGGAUUUUCGUGGAGGCUUAGACGUCAACGCCAAUCCAUUUGGGCCAAUGAGUCAGGUAUCUCAGGAAGGGGAGCCCAACCAAGGGAGAACUGAGAACCGCAAAGGCUUGCUACAAGCCGCUGGACAGCAACCACCACACCUCUCUAUAAAUCCUUCAAACCUUGAUGUGACAGAGGCACAACUACUGUCCCCCACGACUCAGUCAUGUCCUCAACCGUCGGCCAUAAAUCCGGCCCGACUCAUCCCAACCGACGACCCUGCCCCCCCUUCAGACGUAAUCAUUCAUCCUCAGGCAUUCGAGGCCACAGCCGAAGUCACCGACCCUGCUGCGGAGACCGUUCUUCCAUUCACAGAAAAGCUGCCGCCCAAAAAGCGUGGACGCAAAGCCAAGAAUUCAACAUUGACCUCAGCAUUGCGAGCUCCAAGUCUCAGUGAAGAUGCUGACGAACUUGCCCUACCGAGUAUGCCACCACCCAACCGGUCUCGUCGGACAACUGUCGACUCCAUGUCUCAAGCUUCAGAGGUGUCAGGCCCGGCCUCCUCCACUAAACCCCGAAAACGAGGAAAGCCCAUCGCUGUAGACGCGGCAGUAGAAGCUGACGUGUCAUCACCAGCAAAACUACCAAGCAACGAGCUCGAUUUGAGUGAUGGAGCUAUGAUAGAGUUACCAAAAGAGGCAUACAAGCCGCGGCCAAGUCGCUCACGGUCCAAGGUAGUCGAGGAUGAAACCCCACCGCGAAGGCCCGACGAAUCAUCUCCAGUGAAGCCCACAUCCAGUGGGAGCAAUCUGAGCGACGAAGCGGCUAUCGGCCUGCCGAAGGACAACUACAAACCUCGACCGAGUCGAUCUCGAUCAAAGAAGGUCGUCGACGAGGUACCCGGUCUUCUGCCACCAGAAGAACAGCCCGACCAUCAAUCGCCGGCCAGGAGCGUAGCUAUCAAUGUCCCAGAGGUGGAAACACCUCCCGUGUCUUCGACGAAAUCCAGCAGCAAAAAAGGCCGCAAAAGCAAAGUCAAGCGUGCGAAGACAUCGGCCGCAGCUCUCCUCAAACAAGUGGAGCCAAUGCUAAGCGAGGGCGAAGAGGAUGUCGUCUGGAUGGAUACGAAGCCGGCGCCUGUGAAACUCGAUCUACCCCCUGAGUUAAAGGCUCUCAAAAAAGAGCCCGAUGUGCCGGAUUCUCACGAAGACGAAGACUUUAGACACAGUCACGAGCGCACGACAGGCAAGGACACUCACAUAACAAUUGAGGUACUCAGCAACGCGGAGAGUAAGAACCCUGUGCCAGAGCCUAAGAAGCGAGGCAGGAAGCCGAAGAAAGUGCAGCAGAAGGAGGAAGAGAAGGCGGUCGACGAAGAGGAAGACAAGCCGCCGCAGGAUGAUGACAUGCAAAAGCGACCUGCAUUGGCCGAAAAAUCCAGUAAUGUCCGUGGCCCAGGCCCAGGCCCAGAAACCCUCGAAAGCCCGACCGGUAAGGGCGCCAAAACGACUCCCACCGUUUCGCCCUUCACGUCCCCCGAGCCAGAAUCAAAACCACAGUCAAAGGCCACAAGAGCACCGGUGGAAGAGAAAGAAAACCGACCCCUGACCACGCCGGCGAAGCCGAAAUCCUCCGCACCGCCACCGUGCUCGGCGGAGAAAGGCCCGACGAAGCACUCCCCGAUCACCAGCCUCACGACCUCUGCACGAAAAGCCACCUAUCGCAUCGGUCUAUCGCGACGCCAGAAUAUUCCGAGUCUCUUGCGGAAGGUGGACAGGCACAAGCCACCGCCGAAGAACGUGGCGAUCAAGCAAAAGGAGAAGAAAGUCAAAGUGGACGAAACCCACGACGGCGAUGAAGGAGGUGGUCGUGAUCCCGGUGAGAUGAGGGGCCCAGAUGGCAUGUUGAUCGGAUGGGAGUUUUAA